AUAGUUGUACUGCGGGUAACUGACGCGUUCUUCAAUAGAAUUAUUCAUUCUCUCCGCCACCCUCUACCCUAAGACCUGAAUCCUUCGAGUCCAGUAUAUCCUCAAAGAUGGAGGGUUGGGACCCCACAACAAAAUCGACGCUGACCCAAAUCCCGUUGUUGUCUGUAAAGGCUGGCCCACGCGAUGGCGCAGCUUGGACGCAGCGUUUGAAGGAGGAGUAUAAGGCUCUGAUCGCCUAUACUUCAAUGAACAAGGCCAAGGACAACGACUGGUUUCGGAUCUCCGCUGCCAAUCCGGAGGGGAUCCGUUGGACUGGCAAGUGCUGGUACAUUCACAAUCUCCUCAAGUACGAGUUUGAUUUGCAGUUCGAUAUCCCUGUCACUUACCCAGCCACCGCUCCUGAACUGGAGUUGCCACAGCUAGAUGGAAAGACGCAAAAGAUGUAUCGUGGUGGGAAGAUAUGCUUGACGGUGCAUUUCAAGCCACUAUGGGCGAAAAAUUGUCCUAGGUUUGGAAUAGCACAUGCACUAUGUCUGGGCCUUGCACCAUGGCUUGCUGCAGAAAUCCCAAUUCUUGUCGAUUCAGGCAUGAUUAAGCACAAAGACGAUGCGUCAUCAUCCAAUGAAUCUUGAAGACUAUUCUCUGAGUUUUAGGGGCAAAUAUAAUAAUGUUUUAAUUUUUUCAAAUUUUGUCACGAGCAACUCAGCCCAUGAUGUAUAACCUUUGGAAAAUUCGCUGUUAAUUAUGUCUGAAGUUGUAAUUUUAUCAUAUAUAGGUGGAAAUAUAUUUUGGGCUGAUGGUUAAAUUAUACAUCUGGCGAAGCUUCUUGCAGUUUCAGUUUGAAGUAUGUAUGUAAUGCGAAAGCCUUGCAAAUUUGAUGUUUUAGAGUGGAUUUUUGCGUAUUGUUCUAUGACUAA